AACAACCACCCACAAUUCCAGCAACGCCUAAAGAGUGCAAAGCCCACUGGCAAGCCAUGCGCUGCCGCUACACAGAUUUCAUACGCAACGGCACCCGCAUGAAACCCGCCGGAAUUGAGCCGCAUCUGGACUUUCUGAUCCCGGACGUCAAGCUGGACCCAUCCGAGGAGGAAACGACCGCGAGCGGUACCCUAGCCAACAACUUGGAGUACUACGCGAGGCUGGCCGGCAUCGUGCGGCAGCAUCCGGUGCUGUACGAUGGCGCUUACUCGAACAGCAAGCUCGAUCCGAUCUGGCAACAGGUGGCGGAAGCGAUGGGGGGAACGACGGCGUCCUGGGCGGAACUUAAGGUGCAGUGGCGGAAUUUGAGACAUCGGUACACGAUGUUCUUGAAGAAUGGAGCGAAAAUUAAACCGUACGGAAUUGAGUCUUAUCUGGAGUUUCUGGAGCCGUACUUGAUGUUUUGGCGUGAAACGCCGGAGAAUAGUCUGGAGUACAACGUGCGGUUGGUGGGUGUCAUCCGCGAGCAUGGGUGUCUUUACAACGGACAACGGGAUGGUUCCAAGCCGGCGGCUUGGGAGGAAGUUGCCAACCGAAUGGGAACCAAUAUUGAAUGGUGUCAAACCCGGUGGACCAGGUUCCGAGAGCGGUACUCCCGCUUUCUGCUGGACGGAACCCGGAUGAAACCGGUUGGCAUCGAGUCACAUCUGGCCUUUCUGGAUCCCUUCCUGCGGGCGAAGCGAGUCGGGCCUCCCCGGAAGAAGUUUUGCCAAGGGGAAGACCGCGGGUUGAACGCACCGGCAGCGAUUGUCGAGCGGUUCAGGUACCUCCGGUAUGACGAAACCGAUGAGGAUGUGCUGUUUUUGCUACGGUUCGUGCAGGAUAUGGCACGGAUGGACGAGAAGGGGAAGAGUGCGUUCAAAGUGGGUGCGAAAAAGGCUGUGCAGAGUUGUUUGCGGAAGUAGGAGACAGGGGAGUGAAUAAAACGAGUUUAAAGCUUGUA